AUGAGACCUGAGAAGCAACCUGCGCCGGACGCCGACGACAGUACCGGUGAUGGCAAAAACAUUGCCAACGUCAACAUCUUCAGCUGCGGCAAAGCCGGUCCGUUCAUCGUCACCGAAUCCUCCGCUCCCAAGAAAGCCAAGCUGGCCGUCACAAAGCAAGAAGACUCCCGUGGUCCUGGUGCCAGCCCAUCGAGCAAGAGUAUCGUCGCUAUCCGAGCAGGACCCGACAGAGAGACCUUCUUUGUCCAUGCACACUUGCUCAUGGGAUGCAGCGAGUUCCGCAGACAGCUGGGCACGGUGGCCAACGGUGUCACGGAGAUCGAUCUCCCAGACGAGGACCCUGACAUCGUCAGCUUGCUGAUAUAUUGGUGCUAUGAAGGAAAACUGCCUUCUCUCAGGCUCUCCCAACAACAGGAACCUGCUUCGGAAGGUGCAGAUGCCACCAACAAAUAUAUCCCAACUCAGGCAACACGAAGACCCAUGACCAUUAAGGGAAGCGUAGUCGUUACCACGGUUGGAGACAAACUCGAAACUCCGAAAAUAUUCGUUCCUGAUGCCUUGUCAUGGAACAAGCAUUUUCGCGAGACGGGUUUUAGUCAACACAAACCGUUCUGGGCUGAGUUUUUCCACCUCAAAACGCUCAAGUUGGCCAUCAUGGCAAGCAAGAAGGACUGGCCUGAGCUCUUCGAGCAUGUAAUGAGGGUUUACUGCAAGGGCGAGAUGCAGUUCAACCGGACUUGCCCCGCUGUCUGGCACAUCGACGCAGUUUGUACCUUCAACGCUCCGAGAGAGGUGAGCGGGCUCAUGAUGGACUACGCCAGAUACCUUUUUGACAAGCACGGCACGCUCUUCAACUUCGCCAGCAACGCAACCCCGUCUGUGGCGAAGUUCAUGGCCGAGCUUCGCACCGUGGAGAAAUACAGCAAGGUUCCCAGCGAGAAUCCGCUUCGCCGAUACGCGCCCCCAGCUGAGGAUGUUGGCAAAAACAACGAUGACAGCAAGGAAGGAAGUGGUCAGGUCUGA